AAUUAUAGAGAAUAUUGUGCACUUAAUAAUCCAAUAACCAAUUUGUUCAUGAAAUCAAAUGGUUUAGUAGUUAUGGAUUUAAAAAAAAUCAAAGGUAAACCUGAUAUAGAGAAAUUGCGUCUUCAAUUAACACUAAAUGAAAUUUUUAAUGGAUCAAUAAAAUUGAUUAAACUUAAAAAAAAAUCUAAUUUUUUUUGUGAUUCAAUGGAAAAUGAAAAGCAAGUUCUAAAAAUAAAAAUACCACGUGGGUUCCCUACAGGAGGAACAAUAAAAUCUGAGAUAUCAAAGCCGGAUAUAGGACAUGAUAAUAUUAAAAGUAUUGUAUAUUACAUUGUGAAUAUGAAGUGAAGAA